GCUUCCCCAUACUCGCUCACCUUCCGCAUUCAUUCAAGACUGCCAUUAAGGGUGCCUAUCUGCUGAAUCCCCGCAGCGCCGCAAUGGCACCUGGCGAAACACUUAUAAGAACUUAUACCUGCGUUGCUGCGCCGAUCUCUCCUCGAGUCCCCAGCGCCGUCUCAAUCCAGCCAAUUUGACCAAGUCUUGGACUUUCGAAGCUACAAUGGCCGACAUCGAAAGCAAAAGCGAACCCGUGGUGGUGAACCCGGACUCCCGUAGUAGCGAGGAGAAGGGAGCUUCCAGCGGCUCCAUCACCAAGCCCGAGCUGUCCUGGGCCACUCGCAAUGGACUCAACUUCGCCUCGUUCACGGCCCAUCAGGACCAUGGCUCCGGUACUGUGGAGCUGGAGCGGACCAUGAAGCCUCGCCACCUCAACAUGAUUGCCAUCGGAGGCAGUAUUGGUGCUGGUUUCUUCGUCGGUAGUGGUGGUGCCUUGAACACUGGCGGCCCUGGCUCCGUGUUGAUUGGUUUCCUCAUCAUGGGUGUCAUGAUGUUCAACGUCGUCUACGCUCUGGGAGAGCUUGCUGUCAUGUACCCUGUUUCCGGUGGAUUCUACACUUACGCCAACCGUUUCGUCGAUCCGUCUUGGGGUUUCGCCAUGGGUUGGAACUAUGUGAUGCAGUGGGCUUUCGUGUUACCACUGGAACUGACAGUCUGCGGCACUGUUAUCCAGUACUGGGCACCGGAUACUAGCGUCGCCAUCUGGAUUAGUGUUUUCCUGGCCUUGAUCAUCAUUAUCAACAUCUUUGGUACCAUGGGAUACGCCGAGGAAGAGUUUUGGGCAUCUCUGCUCAAGCUGUCAGCUACAAUCAUCUUCAUGAUCGUUGCCGUCGUCCUCGUUUGCGGAGGUGGUCCCUCCGAUGGUCUGUACCACGAGUAUUGGGGCGCCAGGCUCUGGUACGACCCUGGUGCCUUCAAGAACGGUUUCCGAGGCUUCUGUGGUGUCUUCGUUACCGCCGCCUUCUCUUUCAGUGGCACCGAGCUUGUCGGCUUGGCGGCUGCCGAGUCCAAGAACCCUGCCAAGGCCCUCCCUAGUGCUAUCAAGCAAGUCUUUUGGCGAAUCACCCUCUUCUAUGUCCUCGGUCUCCUCCUUGUCGGAUUCUUGGUCGACUCUACCGAUAAGCGCCUGUUGAACGCCGGAAGCGAUGAUCCCAGCGCCUCCCCCUUUGUUAUCGCCAUCGCCAAUGCUGGCCUGAAGGGCUACGACUCUUUCAUGAACGUCAUCAUCUUGGUUUCCGUGCUUUCCAUCGGUGUGUCGUGUGUGUAUGGUGGUAGCCGUACUCUCGUCGCUCUUGCUCAGCAAGGUUACGCCCCCAAGUUCUUCGCCUUCAUUGACAAGUCUGGUCGACCCCUACCCUCGGUUGCUUUGAUUAUUCUCAUGGGCUUCUUGGGCUACCUGAGUGUCGACGGAAACGGUAACACCGUCUUCACCUGGCUGCAGGCUCUGUCAGGUCUAGCAGCUUUGUUUACUUGGGGCUCUAUUUGUCUCUGCCACAUCCGGUUCCGACAGGCCUGGAAGUACCACGGCCACACCCUGGACGAGAUCCCCUUCCAGGCCAUUCUCGGCGUUACUGGCUCGUGGAUCGGCCUGGCACUGAACGUUAUCAUUCUUAUCGCUCAGUUCUACACUGCCAUCACCAACGUCGACGGCUCCCUUGGCACUGCUGAGGGCUUCUUCGAGUCUUACCUAGCCUUCCCCGUGGUCAUCCUUUUCUACGUCGGUGGCUAUCUCUGGAAGCGGGAGACCUGGCUGAAGGUCAGUGAGAUUGACCUUGACACUGGUCGUCGUGAGCACGAUUGGGAUUCCAUCCGGGCAUUCCGAGAAGAGCUGGCCGCCGCACCUGCUUGGAAGCGAGUGUUGAACAUCGUCUUCUAGUUGGAUUCUGACUACUUAGAAACUACCUGGAAGUCGUUUAUUGUGUACCAUAGUUAGAAUUUUAUUGCUUUCUUUUUAGCAUGAGAGCGUUUAAAUAGAUACCUCAAACCGAAACAGCACUAUUUCAAACACCAGUGAUUGUCUUUUAUGCAUUUCGGCUUCUUGCUUCCUUGGUGCUUUAGCU